AUGGCUGUCAACAAUAAAACAUAUCACAUUGCCUCCAUACCAGGGGACGGGAUAGGAGUGGAGGUCACUGAACAAGCAAUCCGAGUCUUAAAGAGAAUCGAAGAACUAUUUGGCACCUUCACUCUGCAAUUCAAGCACUUCGACUGGAGUUCAGAAAAAUAUCGACAAACGGGAGAAUAUAUACCUGCUGGCGGUCUUGAGGCACUGAAAAGCUACGAUGCUAUACUUUUUGGUGCGGUGGGUUCACCAGAUGUUCCUGAUCAUAUAUCGUUAUGGGGUCUUAUUCUUCCUAUCCGCAAGCUGCUGGGUCAAUACGUCAACGUCCGCCCGAUUCGUGUCCUACCAAGCCUUUCAUCGCCACUCAAACAAUGCGGCGCUGAUGACCUUGAUUGGGUAAUAGUCCGCGAGAACAGCGAAGGGGAAUAUGCCGGACAGGGAGGCAUAACACAUGAAGAUACCGAAGAUACCAUUGCAAACGAAGUUGCCGUAUUUACCAAACGCGGAAUUGAGCGUACAAUGAGAUUUGCCUUUGAAACGGCCGCAUCUCGGCCACGAAAGAAAUUGACCAUGGUCACAAAGAGUAAUGCACAGCGAUAUGGCAUGGUCCUAUGGGACACGGUUUUCAGCCAGCUCGCUACAGAAUACCCGCAGGUGGAAACAGACAAAAUGCUCGUUGACGCGAUGACGGUUCGCAUGGUAUUGAAACCUCAAACCUUGGACACAAUUGUCGCCACCAACUUACACGGAGACAUUCUCUCUGACCUGGCUGCCGCACUCGCUGGAAGUAUUGGAGUCGCCGCGUCGAGCAAUUUGAAUCCAACGAGGCGAUUUCCGAGUAUGUUUGAGCCCAUCCACGGAAGCGCUCCCGAUAUUACGGGACUGGGCAUUGCGAAUCCUGUGGGAACUUUUUGGUCCGCGGCCGAAAUGCUUCGAUGGCUAGGUGAGCCACAAGCAGCAGAUUCUUUAAUGAAGGCUAUCGAACGCGUGUCGGCUGCUGGGAUAAAGACAAAAGAUAUUCAGGGCACAGCAAGUACUUUGGAGGUUACGGACGCAAUAAUCAGCGAGCUAGAGCAG